AUGUUGAAAUCAUUAAAGCUUAAACCUAGACUAAUAAUAAGCGAUUGGGAUGAAACCAUAACCGUGAAAGACACAAUAAGAUUGGUAGCAGAGACUGCAUAUAUUUUUAAACCAGAUUGUACUCCAUCCUUUGACCAUUUCCAAAAAGUAUACCUUGAUUCAUAUGCCAAUUACCAAGAUUCAUUUGGAAAACGUGACACCCUUCAUAGAGAGAUUGAAUUUUUAAAUGGGUUGAGGUCGGUUGAGAACUCUUCAAUUGAUAGCAUUGUGGAACAUAAGAUAUUUCAAGGACUAACUCCUGAUCAAUUUAAAUCCCAAGCUCCUAAAAUUGUUCUUCGUCCAGGUUUUAUAGAUUUUUUAAAAACAUCCCAGAAGUUAGAAAUCCCGUUUGUGAUUUUAAGUGCCAAUUGGACAAGUAUCAUUAUAAUUGAGUGUCUUAGAUUAAAUGGUAUUACUGUAGAUAAUGACAAAAUCAAAGUAAUUACUAAUGAACUUGAAUUUAAACAAGAAAAUGGAGAAUUGGUAACUACAGGUGAAUGGGAUAAAAAGAGGGUAAUAAGAAUUUCUCAGGAUAAGUUGCGAAUUGUACGGGAGCUUAAGAAGGAGGAAGAGGAGGAGCUUAUUUAUAUUGGUGAUAGUUCCAAUGAUUUGUUACCUCUAUUGGAAUCAGACAUCGGUUGCGCAAUUAAGGACACUAAGCUUGCGUCAAUGUUAAACUCACUUGGUUUAAUUAAAGAUAACAAAUAUCACAUAGGGACAUGGUCAGAUUUUAUACAACUAUUAUUAAAAUAA